UCAGAAUUCUGCUCCUUUAGGGAAUCUGCCCAGAUUGUCCUGCCUAAAAAGAGAAAUCUUGGUCUAUGUGUUACUUAGGCCAGCACUGCUCUCUAGUUAUUACAUUUGUAGUCUCAUUUAAGCCUCUCAGUCCUGGAAAGUAGGCAUUUUGGAGCCCUUUACAGGAAACUUAAAGUAGAUCACUUUUGAGAUGACAAGGCAGUAGUUUCAAAUUAUAUUAAAUUUGUUCUGCAGAAUGUUAGUAUGUGUUUAUAUAUACAUGAGCAUUGUUUUAUAAAAAGCCAUAAAAAAGUUGUUGUGAAGUUUCAAUGUUUACUUUACCUAAAAGAUGCUUUUGGAGAAGAGAAACUCAGAAGUAGAUUAGACUUUGAGUUCAUUUAUUGAGACUAUUACAUACCAGACCCUGGGCAAAAUACAGACACAACUCAUUUUAUUGCACUUUGCAUUAUUGUACCUGGCAGAUAUUGUGUAUUUUACAAAUUGAAGGCUUGUGGCGACCUUGUGGUAAGCAAGUCUGUGGACACCAUUUUUCCAAAAUAGCAUGUGCUCACUUCAUGUCUCUGCAUCACAUUUUGGCAAUUCUUGCAAUAUUUCAACUAUUAUGUGUUGAGGUGAUCUGUGAUCAUUUAUCUUUGAUGUUGUAAUUGUUUUAGGGAUCCACAAAGGAUGCCCACAUAAGACAGUGAAUUUAAUUGGUAAAUGUCAUGUAUUUUCUGACUGCUCCACUGACCAGCUGUUCUCCCAUCUCUUUCCCACUACUUAGGCUUACCUAUGCUCUGAGACUCAACAGUAUUGAAAUUAAGCCAGUUAAUAACCUCACAGUGGCCUCUGAAUGUUCAAGUGAAUGAAAGAGUUGCAUAUCUCUUGCUUUAAAUCAAAAGCUAGAGGUGAUUAAGCUUAGUGAGGAAGGCACAUUAAAAGCCAAUAUAAGCCAAAAGCUAGGCUUCUAAUAUCAAACAGUUAAGUUGUAAAUGCAAAGGAAAAGUUCUUGAAGGGAAUUAAAAGUGCCGUUCCAGUGAACACAUGAAUGAUUAAAAAAGAAAGAAAGAAACAUCCUUAUUGCUGGUUUGGAGAAAGUUUUAGUGGUCUGGAUGGAAGAUCAAUCCAGCCACAGUAUUCCCUUAAGCCAAGGCUAAUCCAGAGCAGGGCCCUAACUCCUUUCUAUUGUGUGAAAGUUGGGAGAGGUGAGGCAGCUGUAGAAGAAAAGUUUGAAGCUAACAACACCCUCCACCAGCAAAAAGAUUAUGAUUUGCUGAAAGCUCAGAUGAUUAUUAGCUUUUUUUAUUCAUCAAGUAUUUUUAAAUUAAGGUAUAUACAUUGUUUUUUUUUAGACAUAAUCUACUACACACUUUAAUAGAGUCCAAUAUAGUAUAUACAUAUUUUUAUGUGUACUGGAAAACCAAGAAACUGUGACUUGCUUUAUUCCAAUAUUUGCUUUGUUGUAGUAAUGUGGAACCAAAUGCAGUUUGCUUUGUUGUAGUAAAGUGGAACCAACUCAAUAUCUGUGAGUGCCAGAUUGGCCUCUCUUUUUGGAAUGGAUCAGGCAGCUGCUGGUCAUGGAAAUGAAUUCUUCCAGUACACGGCUCCAAAGCAGCCUAAAAAAGGCCAGGGAGCAGCAACAACAGGAAAUCAGCCAACACCAAAAACAGCACCAGCCACCAUGGGCACUUCUGCAGUACUGCAUGCAACAGUAGUCCAUGCAUAUCGGUACACAAAUGGUCAAUAUGUAAAGCAGGGCAAGUUUGGUGCUGCAGUCCUGGGGAACCAUAUAGCCAAAGAGUAUAGGAUUCUUAUUUAUAUCAGUCAGCAACAGCCAGUUACUGUUGCGAGGAUUCAUCUGAACUUUGAGCUAAUGGUUCAACCCAAUAACUAUAGCACCUUUUAUGAUGACCAGAGACAAAACUGGUCCAUCAUGUUUGAGUCGGAAAAGGCUGCCAUGGAGUUCAAUAAACAGGUGUGCAUUGCCAAGUACAAUAGCUCCUCUUCCCUAGAUACAGUGCUCUCCCAGGACCUCAUCGUGGCAGAGGGCCCUGCUGUGGAAAUUGGAGAUUCUUUGGAAGUGGCCUAUACCGGCUGGCUCUUUCAGAAUCAUGGACUGGGCCAGGUUUUUGAUUCCACUGUUAACAAAGAUAAACUGCUUCGCCUGAAAUUAGGAUCAGGAAAAGUCAUCAAGGGCUGGGAGGAUGGAAUGCUAGGCAUGAGAAAAGGCGGGAAGCGGUUACUUGUCAUCCCUCCAGCCUGUGCUGCUGGCUCUGAAGGAGUUAUAGGUUGGAUUCAAGCAGCAGACUCAACCCUGGUGUUUGAGGUGGAAAUCAGACGGGUGAAGUUUGCCAGAAAUUCUGGCUCUGAUGGGCACAGUGUUAGUUCCCGGGAUUCUACUGCUCCUUCUCCCAUCCCUGGUGCUGACAGCCUCUCUGCUGACACUCUUGUGUCACCACCCACAUCAGUGCCUUUCAAAUCAGGGGAGCCGUCUCUUCGUACCAAAUCUAACUCCUUCAGUGAACAGCUUACAAUAAAUACAAGUCCUGAUACGGACAAGGCCAAGUUGAUCUCUCGGAUGGCUAAAAUGGGCCAGCCCAUGCUGCCAAUCCUUCCACCACAGCUGGAACCCAGUGACUCAGAAAUUGAAGAUGUGAAUGAUGUGCGAGGAGGUAGGCAGCCCCUGGUGAUGCCGGUCAUCCAGCCCUCUGUUCAGCCAGCCCAUCCAGUGUUGCCACAGGUGACCUCACAGGCACCUCAGCCACCUGUGUCUGGGCUUCAAGCACCCUCUGCUGCCUUAAUGCAAGUGGCAUCUCUUGAUUCCCACUCAGCUAUAUCUGGAAAUGCCCAGUCCUUUCAGCCCUAUGCAGGUAUGCAAGGCUACACCUACCCGCAGGGAUCGGCUGUCAACUCCCAGCUGCAGCCUGUUCGGCCCCUGUACCCAGCAGCACUCUCCCAACCCCCCCAUUUUCAAGGAUCAGGUGACGUGGCUUCAUUUCUCAUGACUGAAGCCCGGCAACAUAACACUGAAAUUCGAAUGGCAGUCAGCAAAGUGGCUGAUAAAAUGGAUCAUCUCAUGACUAAGGUUGAAGAGUUACAGAAACAUAGUGCUAGUAAUUCCAUGCUUAUUCCUAGCAUGUCAGUUACAAUGGAAACAAGCUUGAUUAUGAGCAACAUCCAGCGAAUCAUUCAGGAAAAUGAAAGAUUGAAGCAAGAGAUCCUUGAAAAGAGCAAUCGGAUAGAAGAGCAGAAUGACAAGAUUAGUGAAUUAAUUGAAAGAAAUCAGAGGUAUGUUGAACAGAGUAACCUGAUGAUGGAGAAGAGGAACAACUCACUUCAAACAGCCACAGAAAACACACAGGCAAGAGUAUUGCAUGCUGAACAAGAGAAGGCCAAGGUGACUGAGGAAUUAGCAGCAGCCACUGCACAGGUCUCUCAUCUGCAGUUGAAAAUAACUGCUCACCAAAAGAAGGAAACAGAGCUGCAAAUGCAGCUGACAGAAAGCUUGAAGGAAACAGACCUUGUCAGGGGCCAACUCACCAAACUGCAGGCAGAACUCUCAGAGCUCCAAGAAACCUCCGAGCAAGCACAAUCCAAAUUCAAAAGUGAAAAGCAGAGCCGAAGACAACUGGAACUCAAGGUGACAUCCCUGGAGGAGGAACUGACUGACCUUCGAACUGAGAAGGAGUCCCUUGAAAAGAACCUUUCAGAAAGGAAAAAGAAGUCAGCUCAAGAGCGUUGUCAGGCUGAGCAGGAGAUAGAUGAAAUUCGCAAGUCCUACCAGGAGGAACUGGAUAAACUUCGACAGCUCUUGAAAAAGACUCGGGUGUCCACAGACCAAGCAGCUGCAGAGCAGCUGUCUUUGGUGCAGGCUGAGCUGCAGACCCAGUGGGAAGCAAAGUGUGAACAUUUGUUGGCCUCUGCCAAGGAUGAGCACCUGCAGCGGUACCAGGAGGUGUGUGCACAGAGAGAUGCCAACCAGCAGAAGCUGGUAGAACUUCAGGAAAAGUGUUUGGCCCUCCAGGCCCAAGUCACAGACCUCACAGAGCAAAAGGAACAGCACAUUAAGGAACUGGAGAAAAACAAGUCCCAGACAUCUGGUGUUGAGGCUGCUGCCACUGACCCCUCAGAUAAGGUCAAGAAGAUCAUGAACCAGGUGUUCCAGUCUUUGCGGAGAGAGUUUGACCUAGAGGAAUCUUAUGAUGGCAGGACCAUUCUGGGGACCAUCAUGAGUACAAUCAAGAUAGUGACUAUUCAGCUGUUAAACCAACAAGAGCGAGAGAGAGGGCAGAGCAACAGUGAAGAAGAAGAUGAAGAAGAGCAACCUCAGAGCCCUUCCCAGGAGCAGUCAGCAGCUGGCAAUUCUGGGCUGCCCCAAGCACCCCUGCACAGGAAGAGGCAGGAGCCCUCCAUGGUGCCGUCAGAGCAGGUAGUCGAGGAAGCUGUCCUCCUGUCUUCUCAGGCCGUCCCUCCUCCCCAGGAUGAGGUACAGAGAAGUAAACGGGAGCCCUCAGAAGCAGAGGUACUCUCAGAGAUGCAAGAUGGUUCCCUCCCACCCGACCUGGCUUGUGUCCCAUCGCACAGAGUUCUGGGGCCCCCAACUUCAAUUCCACCUGAGCCUCCAGGCCCUGUAAUUAUGGACUCUGAGUGUGAAGAGACACUUGUCGCCAGCCCAUUGGCAGCUAAGCCUGGCAGCUCAAUGGGAAAGGUCUGCACUGGGGAAGUGGCCCCACAUGGCCCCCUACAAGAAGGCUCCACAGGACUGUCUGUGACUUCAGAACCCAAGAAGGGGGACCCAUUGGCUGUGGGGUUGUCUGAAAGCCCAGGAAAAGAGCUUCAGCCCCCCAAGGUUGAUGAAGACAAGGAUGUCACUAGCUCCACUGGUCCCUCCAAGCAGCUGUCAAGCACAGAGGCAGGAUCUACAGCCGUAGGAGCAGCCCUGAGCUCCAGCCAUCAUUCUCAGCACUCUAGUCUCUUUGAGGAUGAAGAAGAGGAUGAAGAUGAGCUGUUUAAAGGGGCGACUCUGAAAGUUCCAAGGCCCAAAGCACAGCCUGAGGAGGAGGAUGAAGAUGAGGUGAGCAUGAAGGGACGCCCACCCCCAACACCCCUUUUUGGAGAUGAUGAUGAUGACGAUGACACUGACUGGCUGGGAUGAAGACCCAGGAAAGUGGUGCAAAGAUUUCUCUACAACCCUUCCCAAAGCAUGAUUUUGCACAGCCAACCCUGGGUCUAUCUAGAUGAGCCACAGGGUGAGGUCAAGGUGAGCAUUCUGGAGGCAGUAGUUCAGGCAUCUGAGUUAGUCAGCUUCUAAGCCCCCUGUCCCACCUGGUGAAGACAGACCCUGUCUGUCUUCAGAAGCCAGUUGGAGAAAGGGCUGGUAGGUUUCCCUCCAGCCAGUCACCUUCAAGAUUCUUGCCCUCUUCCCAGCUUUUUUUCUUUUCAUUAACUCUCAGACUGACCUGGGAGCCCUCCUCUGUCUCCCAGUGCUCAACUGUGCCCCAGCAACAAGAUGUGUCAUCUGAGCUGAGGUAGAGCCAAAGGGAGAUGACACCAUCUUUAAGUCCCAAGGCAGUUAACAGCCUGACCUGUAGUCCUGGGACAUGUUGUCUUUUUCUCUUGUCUUUUUCUCAUGUUGCCUUAAAUCCGAUACAAGAGGUCAACGAAUAUUUGCAAUCAAAACUCAAAUAAAUGUCUAUCAUGAAACUUGAUUCAAGCCAUGGGGAGAAAUUGAAUUUGGUCUUAAGGGUUGUCUGUGCUCUUCUUUGGGAUUCUAAGGGUAAGGACUAUAAAAGGUCUGGAUCAGUUAACAUGGACAAAGGCAUUAUGACAUAUUCCCACCUAACACUGGUACUUUUAGGCUUUCAAAGAACAUCACCAUUCUGCUUUCUCAGCUCAUCCCUGGGGCAUUGUGGUUAUUUGAGGACCAGUCCUGCUGGUCUCUUGUUCUUGCAGGCUUCCCAAGAAGCCAUGUAGUGAAUGUGGGAAGGCCCCUACUUCCCAUUAUUUGUAGUACCUGAGGGAUUCUUUGCUUGGAGAGCACUUUUCCAUUCCCUCUUAACACAGGGGGCCACGCCUACUGCAGAAGAGCAGUGAGAAAAUGUGUGGACAUUUUAUUUAUUCCUGCAUCUCCUAAAAACCAUGCAGCCAGUCUUAAAAAAAGAGAAUAAUUUUAAUAAAAAUGUUCCCUGAUUUUAAGUACUAUUUAUAAGAUAGGAACUUAAAUUCCACUCUAUUUGUCCUAACAUCAUCCUUGCAAGCUUUGUACCUAUCUAUCUCCAUGUGUGGGCCUGGGAGGCCUUGAGAACUACCAUUUACUACUUUACAUUGAGCAAAUAGGCACUGUUAUCUUGUUGUCUUAUCUCUAGUAACCACUGCCAAACACCUUAUUAUGCCCAUUGUAUAGAGAAAACUGAGGCUUAGAGAGGUAAAGUAAUUUGUCCAAAGUUACAUAGCUGGUAAGCAGCAGAACAAAAAUUCAAAUCCUAGCCAUUUGAUUGCAAAGCCUGUGCUGUUGGCCAGCACAGCAGUGUUCCCUGCCCUACCGGCACUGGGCUGGGAGAAGGGGCAGUGAUGCUUUUAGAUACAGGUUCUUGGACCUUACUACAAAUCUCCUGCAAUAGAAUCUCCUCUGUUAUGGUAAAACAGAGAGAGCACAGGCUCCUCAGUCUCCUUGAUCUGCAUUCACAUUCUUCUCCACUGGGUGCUAUGUGGGUUAGUCAAGUUACUCUCCCCCUCUGGCACUGCCCCCUCAUCUGAAUGAAUGAAGAAUCAGACUUCGGGCCAGGCUGCCUGGUUCUGAACCCUGGGUCUGCCACUUAUUAACUAGUGACUUUAACUUCUCUGUGCCUGAGUUUCUUAUCUCUAAGAUGAGAUCAGAAAUAGUUUCUACCUUCUCAUGAGGAUUAAGUGAGUUAAUAUUUGUGAAGUAUUUAGAACACUGAGGAAUACUACCCGACACUUAAUAAACAGAAUAUAAGUAAUGUUGGUUAAAUUACAAAAAAAUUAAGGGCCAGUCACAGUGGCUCAUGCCUGUAAUCUUUGCACUCUGGGAGGCUGAGGAGGGUGAUUUCUUGAGCUCCGGAGUUCAAGUCUGGCCUGAGCAAGAGUGAGACCCCCAUCUCUACUAAAAAUAAUGACUAGACUUAAAAAAUAUAUAAAUAAAUAAAAUAAUAGACAAUAACUAGCCAGUUGUAGCCCCAGCCUGUAGCCCCAGCUACUCUGGAGGCUGAGGCAAGAGGAUCCCUUGAACCUAGGAGUUGGAGUGUGAUUCCAUAGCACUCUACCCAGAGGCAACAGAGUGAGACACUGUCUCAAAAAAAAAAAAAAGUAUAUAUAUAUAUAUAUAUAUAUAUACUUAAAUAUAUAUAUUUAAGUAGGGGAUAGCUUUUGUGACUGGGCUCUGAAAAAUGUUGAAAUGAAAGCAAUGGAUUGCCUACUAGGUCUAACUUUAUAAUCCCUGUCUGAAGCACAGAUUCUUAAAACUUUUUAAAGCUGUCUAUAAAAGCCACAGAUGUAGUACUUAAAGAGACCGUAUCAAACUGAAGAGUUUGCUAAUCAUCCUUACAGAUGCCAUCUCAGUAGUGCC